AUUUCUGUCUUGGAAAUGGAGUGGUGGUGGUGAAUUCCCAGCCAUGGGUAUCUCUUUCCCAAUUUCCUGUUUUGAGGGGUUUAAAUUGCUUAUAAAUACCCUGAGUCAGAGGACACACAAGACAAGCUCCAUCUCCUUUGCCUUUCUGCAGUGCUCUGUGUCAGGCUUGGACUGGGAACCAUGAGGCUCUGUGUCUGCUUUGUGUUGCUCUCCUUUAUUCUAUGUGCAAGUGCUGACUUAUCACCACUACUACGAGGUGGACGAUUUGCCUGGGAUGCAGUGGGAGGGGCAUGGGAUAUGUUCAGAGCAUACCAGGACAUGCGUGAGGCAAAUUAUAAAGGUGCCGACAAAUAUUUCCAUGCUCGUGGGAAUUAUGAUGCUGCCCAAAGAGGACCUGGUGGUGCUUGGGCAGCCAGAGUGAUCAGUGAUGCCCGGGAAAAAUGGCAAAGCGACAUGAGUGGCAGAGGCCAAGAAGACACUCUAGCUGACCAAGAGGCGAAUGCGUGGGGACGAAACGGUGGGGAUCCCAACCGCUACAGACCUGCAGGCCUUCCCAGCAAAUACUAGCUCUACUCCCCUGUUACAUCUCUUCUGUGCAGCCGAAUAAAAGAAAUCCUCCUGAAACGUG